AUGGAGGGCUGCUGCACCGUGGCCGUCAGCUUGGAGCUGAGCAGCUCGUUCCCCAUGCUCCUGCGGCUCUCCACCAAGGAGGUUGUGGCUAUCUGGGACGCUGUGUCCGCGUACAUCCUGACACAGAUGAAGCUGGACAAGGGUGUCCUGCUCACAGGACUUGGGACCUUCGCUGUGCUCCAAGAGCAACUCCAGGGCAAAGAGGAGGCAUAUGAGGUUCGAAGACCAGUCUUCCAGCCGGACAUCGAUGCGUUGCAGCUGGAGGAGCUGGUGUUCCCUACAGUGGUUAUCCCUGGUGAGAAGGCAGUGGCCACCCUCCACUUUCCCCCUCCACGUCCGGGGGAGGACGUGUGCUCUCUGCUCUUUGGCAAGGGCUGGGAGAUGUCGGGAAUGGCCUCCAAAGGCAAUGUCAAGAUCCAGCCGCUGAACUACAAGUGGCUGUCGCGAGCCACCUGCUUCCCGCAGCACGUGGUGGCGGAGUGCGUGCGAGAGACCGUACGCUUGUACUCGUUCCAACUGCAGAAGGGGCGGCGCCUCGCCUUCGUCUUCAAGGACAUUGGCGUUCUGUCCUGCAAAGACGACGUCCUGUGCAUGCGGUUUUAUUACAACUGUGUCACAGGGCUGGAGAGGAAGGCCAGCCGGAUUGCGCUGCUUCGCACAAGGCUGUGGAUGCCGAGUGCAGAGGUCUCCGGUGGAGCAACCACCGCUCGGGGGAUGCAGGCUGCGCCUGCCCAAGCGUUCCCGAGGUUUGAGUUCCUUGUGAUCAGCAGAUCGGUGGCCAAGGCGUUCUCCACCUGGCACAAGAAGGCUUCAGGAAAGCACAGGAUCAGCAGAGCUUCCCAGGGGUGUCCUGACAAGCUGCUGCAGAGGCGCGUGAAGCUCUCCCUGCCCGUACUGCCAAGCCAGGGGCCAGGCACCAGGCAGCCAGACAUGGAGAAGAAGACUUCUGCCAGCGUGCUCCCGCCAUGUCCAGGCAGCUCCCCCAAGACGAAGGAGGCAGGCAGGCAGGAGCCAUUUCCUCCAGCCAGGCCCACCGCUGCAAUCCCGUCCUCCGAAGGCUGCAAGAGAGCGCUGCAGGAGGUCUGGCAGCUGUCUGCAGAGUGGGAGCAAGUGAAGACGCGGUGGCAAGAGCGACGACAGCAAGCGAAGGCAGAAUGGGCGGCGUGGGAAGCCUGGGCUGCAGGGGAGGAUCGCCAGCCACCCCAGGCACUCGGCACUGGAGGCCCUUGGAUUCCCCACCCUCCGGCCCAGCCCAGGAGAAAGGAGGUCAACGAGAGGUGGAGGAAGGCGGAAAACCCUCUCCCAGCAGAGGAGAUGGCAGCAGCAGCCCAGCUGAAGAGACUCCAGCCUGAGUAA